CAUCUAUACCAAAUCCCAUCAUCACUAUUAUCGAAGUAUCCCUAUCAGAACAAUAAACCCGAAAACCACCCAGAAUGGCCGACGCAAACAAGAUCCAGACCCUCGACACCCGCAUGAGCGAGCUCCUGGCAGCCAUCGAAUCCCACCCAAUGAUGACCGGCAGCCAACCCCACCCAACGGGUUUCUACAUCCAUGACUUCAUCCGCAACACCCACAACAAACUGAGGAGCAUCGACGCCCAGAAGCUCCAGUCGGCAGACCCCGCCACCGUCAAAGAGUUCCAGGAUAUCCGCGGCCGCAAUGUUCUUUCUGAGCAGCUGAUCGAGGGCAGCGGGCCCAUGGCACAGAUGAUGCUCAUGAUGGGGGGAGGUUCACUGGACUUUGGGGAUUCUAUCAAGCAGAAGGCCCAGGCGGUUAAUGCUGUCUAAAGCUUGGACAUGUUUUGGUUUGUUUGGAAUUGUGGUGCGUGUAUGAGAUAGGAUCUAGUUGGAAUUGAAACUAGGGCUUGGUUGUGAAAGCGACUGAAUGGCCAUGGUUGACUUCGUUUCGGGGUUGUCGAUGUGUACAAGUUUUUUAUAGAGUAUUAAAGAAUACUAUAAUGUACCGGCAUACAAAGCUAACUUAACACGA